AUGGGCAAGAAGAAGCGCGGUCAUCCCGAUGUCGAAGACGUCCUCGCCCGACCGUGGUGCUACUACUGCGAGCGUGACUUUGAGGAUCUGAAGCUUCUUAUUUCCCAUCAGAAGGCCAAGCACUUCAAGUGCGACAGAUGCGGUCGCCGACUCAACACGGCUGGAGGUCUCUCCGUCCAUUUGAACCAGGUCCACAAAGAAACUCUCACCCAGGUUGAAAAUGCGCUACCGAACCGACAGGGCCUUGACGUCGAGAUCUUUGGCAUGGAGGGCAUUCCCCAGGACAUUUUGGAUCAGCACAGGAAUCGCAUUAUCCAGAACUUCUACCAGGCCCAGGAGGAUCGUCGCAUUGCCACGGGAAAUCCUCUUCCGGGCCAGGCAAAGCAGCCGAGGAAGAAGCUCAAGAUUGAAACUCCUGAGGAGUUGAAGGCCCGUCUUGCCGAGCACCGCGCACGGGUUGCCGCUGGGCACACCCCAGGCACCAGCGGCAGCCCGGCCAACGGCGCCCCCGCGAGCGCAAGUCCGGGUGCAUUCAACAACUCCCCGUACCCCCCACCGCAAGCGCCCUACGGAGCUUCUCCCGACCAGAGCUUCCCGCCUGGUGCUGCGCCCGGCGCCCCUGCAUUCCCGCAGCCAGGCUAUCCCCAAGGCAACUAUUCCGGCUUCUCUCCGUCAUCUCUUCCCGCAAGACCGACAAGCGGCCUGCAAGCGAUGCCCGGUCUCCCUCAGCGGCCCCCUCAGUAUGGCGGGCAGUUCUGGAACGGCUCUGGCGCCCCGCCACCUGGGUAUCCUGGAGCAUCAACUGUCGAUGAGUUGGUCUCUGGCGCGGCGCAGCACGGUGACGAAAUCGACGAGCUCAUUCGUAGGGCUGAAUCCGGCAUCAAGGCGCCCAGGAAGCCAGAGGAUGAGGCUGCAGAGGAGGCCGCUGGCGACAAGAAGUCGAAGAAGGACAAGAACGGCAGGAUGUUCUACGCAGAUACAGAGGUCAGCCCAGAGGAGCGCAUGGCGCAAUUACCGAGAUACGCCUACGUGCCGCCUGCAUCUUAG